UUUGAGGUUGGCAUUGAUUCUUCUUGAUUAUUAAAUUUUGUGCUACAUUACCUAUCUAGUCACUUCUCCUUAGUUUCCUGUCUAUAAAUUAGCCAUCUAUCCUUAACAAAUUCCAACACAUUCUCGUAUCUCUUAAUCAACACUUCUGAUUAAUCACCUUCUAAUAAUCUCCUUCUCUAAUUAAUAAUCACCAUGUCUACUGAGGAAGUGGUGGCGAAAGAUACGUCUACUGUCGAAACAGGGGGGGUCUCAAAUGAUACCGGCUCUGAUGCUAGCUCCCUAAGUUUAACAGCAGGAUUGGCCGUUCGGAAGUUGUUAUUCUGGACGGUGUUUGUCGCUGCAAUCGUUGUACAUACAAGCAAACAAACGGUAGAUGGUCUUUCUGAUGGUUCAAAAACAACCAAAUAUACCAACUAUCCUGCUUACAAGUAUCUCUUGUCGGUUCUCUGGAUUGUUUUUGGCUACACUUUUAUUGCAUCCAUAAAUUCAGCCAUUUGUGGGAGGACUGGAAACAAGUAUUUAAUCCUCACUCUCUUGAUGUGGGAUGCCAUGAUCUUAACACUCAUGGCUUCUGCCACUGGUACUGCUGGUGCUGUCUUAUUUAUUGGAACUAAAGGAAAUUCCCAUGAUGGAUGGUCAAAAACAUGUAAUGUUUUCGAUAAGUUUUGCCGUCAUAUGUGGGCUUCAUUUGGACUGUCGAUAUUUGCAUGCUUUCUCCUUGUGUGGAUUAUCGUUUACUCAGCUGGUGCCAUCAAAACUGCUUGAUUAUAAUUAUACCCGGACCGGACAUAUAUAAUCGACUUCUGGAAAUUUGCUUCUAAAUAUUUAGAAUCGUUGUUGUUUGUGAUAUUCCGAUCGAUUUCUCCUUCAAACACACAGGGGCGUAUGUGUGUAGUCGUGUGUAUAUAUAGAAUGGGUGUAAAUUUAUUUUGUUGAUUUCGUGAAGUGAAUAAUGAGUUUGCGAGUAAGUUUGAUUUUAAUA